UAGCCGAUCUCCUACCCAGAUCCAUCAACCAUCUUCUCCACCGCCACCUCCGCGCACACGCACACCACCGCUAAGCCGGCUACUGCAGUCAAACAGGCUGACACACAUUCAACCCGAAAAAGACAAUUCAGUAAAGAGAUACUGUAUGUAACCCGUAUUUAUAUACGAUAUAUUUCAAUAGAUACACCGCUCGGUUUUUAAGCUAAGGAAAAAGGCGACCCCGUGUUUCAAACAGCUCAAUUUUUCUAAAGAAGAUUUAUUCGUUGUAUUAGUAUUGUUAUUAUUAUUAUUAGUAUUAUUAUUAUUAUUAUUAUUAUUAUUAUUAUUAGUAUUAUUAUUAUUAGUGUUUUGUAUAUAAGAAGGAAGAAACAUGUCGAAUAAAGACAAGAAAACCUGCGGGGACGUUUUGGACGAAUGGAAAGAAUUCUUCUGGAACCCGAGGACCCGUGAAUUUAUGGGCAGAACCGGGAGCAGUUGGGCUCUUAUCCUUCUCUUCUACCUCGUCUUCUACUGCUUCCUGACUGGCCUCUUCACUCUCACUAUGUGGGUGAUGCUGCAGACCCUGGAUGACUACAAACCCACCUACCAGGACCGCCUAGCCACCCCAGGAAUGAUGAUUAGACCCAGAUCUAAAACACUGGAGAUUACCUACAGUAUGUCCAACACAGAGACAUGGGACGGCUAUGUCAAUACGCUGAACGAAUUCCUGUUACCCUACAAUGACAGUCUCCAGGCAGCCAACAAUGAAUUUUGCACCCCCGGGAAGUACUUCACUCAGGACGAUAGCAGCGAUGUGCGCAACAACCCGAAACGCUCCUGCCAGUUUAACCGCACUGUGCUGGAAGAUUGCUCCGGGCUGGAGGAUCAAUACUACGGCUAUAGGAAUGGACAACCCUGUGUGCUGAUCAAGCUGAACCGCGUUAUUGGGAUGAAGCCAGGAGAUGGAGAAGCUCCAUUUGUCACCUGCACAGGAAAGAAAUACAAAGUGGGCAAGGACACCUGGAAAGAAGACUCUGAUAAGAUUGGACCGAUUGCCUAUUUUCCUCCAAAUGGCACCUUCAAUCUGAUGUACUACCCUUACUAUGGCAAACAUGCCCAGGUGAACUAUUCCCAACCACUAGUUGCUGUGAAGUUUCUCAACUUGACCAUGAACACCGACAUUAAUAUUGAAUGCAGGAUCAUGGCAAGAAACAUCAAAGUCAACAACGAGCGAGACAAAUUUGCCGGCCGCGUCUCCUUCCUAUUGAGAAUUGACAGUAUAUAAAAACACCACCCUGGCCCUCAUCUUAUCAAAAUACACCCCCUCCCCUUUCCUUCCUCCCCAAAACACCCUGGCCCUCACCCCCUCCCCUUUCAUAACACCCCCACACCCCCCGUAACAGGUGUCCCUCACCGAUAGAUAGAUCGAUAUCAUUUUGGACUGGACUUGCUGUUGAUUUGGCAAGCGAGAUAUCUGGGAACCAAUAAGACGAAGCGAUUGUGAAGUGGAAUUGUGGGUAAGGGGUACGGGGGUGGGGCUGUUCUGAAGAGGGGUGUCUCUUGUUGUUUGUUUGGGGGGGGAGAGGGUUGUUAGAAUGUGUUUUCGACCCCCCCCCCCCCCAAUGUCUCCUACAUCCCCCACACCAACCAGAAAACCUGUUAGAAUCCAGAAUUAGGGAUGGUGGCCACCGUAGGACACACUUCUUUGUAAACCAAGGGAAUGCUCACAGAAAAACUCUUUCUUCUCUUUUUUUCACCUUAUAAAAAAGUUUCCCACAGUAAAAGCCCAGCAAAGUGUAAUCAAGCACAGUGCAAGCAUGGUAAAGCAUAGCCAAGCAUUGUAAAGACCAGAGAGGGGCAGAUGGUUCUCCUCCCAUUGGCUGAUGAGUUAAUAAUGCUGACACCAGUACCUGCCUCUCCCCUACAGAGCUUGCUCUUCAGCUGAAUGGUAAGGCGUCUUGGAUCUGUAUGGUUUGUCCUUCGCGUCCAGCCCUUGACUUUCCAUUCAACUCAAUGGGCUGAGAUGACAAUUCAGUAUAUACAGGUAGAGCAAAACAGAUGACACGGCAAACCAUAGCAAACUAUGCAUAGCAACCAAUUACCGUGGUGAGCUUUUAUAAGGGUCUCUUUCUUUCUUUCUCUUCUCUCUUUCUCAUUCUUUCUCUCUUCUCUUUCUCCUCUCUUUCUCUCCUUUCUUCUCUCUUCUCAUUCUUACUCUUCUUUUUCUCUCCUUUUCUCUUAUUUCUUUCCUUUCUCUCUUCUCUUUUUCUCUCUUUUCUUUCUUCUCUCUCCUCUCUCAUCUCUUUCUUCUCCUUUCUUCUCUUCCUAUUAUUUCUCUCAUUCUUUCUUCUCUCUUCUCUUCCUCUCUUCUAUUUCUCUCAUUCUUUCUCUCUUCUCUUUCUCCUCUCGUUCUCUCCUUCUCUCUUCUUUCUCAUUCUUUCUCUUCUUUUUCUCUCCUUUUCUCUUUUUCUUUCUUCUCCCACCUUCUUUCUCUCUUCUCUUUCUCUUCUUUCUUUCUUCCUCUUCUAUUUCUCACUCUUUCCUCUUAUUUCUUUCUUUUCUCUGUUCUCUUUUUCUCUCCUUUCUUUCUUCUCUCUCCUCUUUCUCUCAUCUCUUUCUUCUCUCCUUUCUUCUCUUCCUCCUAUUUCUCUCAUUCUUCUCUCUCUUCUCUUCUCUCUUCUAUUUCUGUCUCUCUUCUCUUCCUCCUCUUUCUCUCCUUCUCUCUUUCUUUCUUUCUUUCUUUCUUCCACUUUCUCUUUUCUGCCUCGAGUCCUGCUGCCAACACACUUCACAAACCACCUCCUCACAGAACAUACAAAAAUAUAUAUAUGUAUAUAUCAAGAAUCAAAUCAAUAGGGGGGAGGAGAGAGGGAAAAUGUAGUCCAGGCCUUUUAAAGCUGGUUUAAAAAACAUUCAAUUCCCAAACAAAAAUAAUAACGUCAAUCUGAGAGUUAGCCAAGGACAGCUUGUGGUCUGUGGUGGAUUCCUGUUGCGUUGUAGUUUGAAACCCUGCAUUAACACUGCGAUCUAUGAGCAGAGAUCAACCUGGAGAUGAGCUGUGAGGUAACACAACUUAAAGAAGGAAAAAUGUCAAUUUAAAAAAACAAAGAGAAAUUUUAAUAGACCUGACCUGGGACUAUGAACACGCGUUCUCGGUGGCUUCUUUCACUCUUCUUUCAUCACUCCCUCCUUCCUUAUUGGUCACAUCACGACCCUUGUCUUCAACUGAUAAAAGAACCGAUACAGACCUCUCUCUCUCCUGCUUCCUCUUAAUACUCAAUCCUUCUUUUUACAACAGGCUGUAUCCUAUACCCUGCUAUGAAAUGAACUCCCCCUCUCUCUCUCUUCUCCCCCCUUUCCCUUCUCGCCCCCACUCCAUCUCUCUCCCUUUCUUCCACUCCCCUUCGCUCCCCCCCCCCCAGCACCUUGCAAAUACUGUCUUAGCUUCUGGCUUUGAUAUUUUGUUUCCUCUCAUUUUGGUUAUGAAACAAUAAUGGAAACGAAAUCUAAAUGUGUUUGUCUGGAGGAGAAUGUGCACAGAUGUAGUUUAAACGUUUUAUCAUAAAAGAAUGUGUGUGUGUGUGUGUGUGUGUAUAUAUGCAGGGAUGGAAAUAAGACUCCCGUUGCACAGCAGUUUGAUCCAUUCCUUGUUUCACUAGGAGUUUAAUAAGACUCACCUGAGCUUGUGACCUAUACAUAUAUAUGAGUGAAUGAGUGAAAAUGCUUUGCAAUAAGAGUCUUAUUUCCAUCCCAUAUAUAUAUAUAUAUAUAUAUAUAUAUAUAUAUAUAUAUUGUGGAAGAAUAGGGGGAGGAGAGAGGAAAAAUGUAGUCCAGGGGUGUGAUAGAGGACUACAUCACCCAGAAUGCAUUGAUGUUUCCAAUCCUGGUUCUAAUUACAAACCCAAGGCAUUCUGGGUGAUGUAGUCCUCUAUCACACCCCUGGACUACAUAUAUGUGUGUGUGUGUGUGUGUGUGUGUGCAUGUCUAUCCCAGCUGGAUUAGUAAAGGCUAUGUGAGAAGGUAUUCAUUACAAAGCCCUGCUUCUUACUCCUUUAUGAACCCUUGCAUGGCUUAUUUGUAAAUCUUUGAUAGAUGUAAUCAGACUCAAGUUGUUGCUGACAAUGAAUUUGUAAAAUGCUGAAAUGCAUCUUUCCCACCCUUCAGUUAGGCUGCCCAGGCCAAUUCAGACAUCAAGGUAGCUUGUUUAACUUGACAAGGGGAUAUAAUGGGGCACAAUCAAAAAUAAAAAUCUUUCCCUUUAAGUGUGUUAUUCAUUCCCGCUUCACUUUCCUAGUGGAGUGGAGUUCUCUUUCCUAUACUGCUAGAGCGCUCUGCAGUGUGGAGAGUGGAGUUCUCUUUCCUAUACUGCUAGAGCGCUCUGCAGUGUGGAGAGUGGAGUUCUCUUUCCUAUACUGCUAGAGCGCUCUGCAGUGUGGAGAGUGGAGUUCUCUUUCCUAUACUGCUAGAGCGCUCUGCAGUGUGGAGAGUGGAGUUGUCUUUCCUAUACUGCUAGAGCGCUCUGCAGUGUGGAGAGUGGAGUUCUCUUUCCUAUACUGCUAGAGCGCUCUGCAGCGUGGAGAGUGGAGUUCUCUUUCCUAUACUGCUAGAGCGCUCUGCAGUGUGGAGAGUGGAGUUCUCUUUCCUAUACUGCUAGAGCGCUCUGCAGUGUGGAGAGUGGAGUUCUCUUUCCUAUACUGCUAGAGCGCUCUGCAGUGUGGAGAGUGGAGUUCUCUUUCCUAUACUGCUAGAGCGCUCUGCAGUGUGGAGAGUGGAGUUCUCUUUCCUAUACUGCUAGAGCGCUCUGCAGUGUGGAGAGUGGAGUUCUCUUUCCUAUACUGCUAGAGCGCUCUGCAGUGUGGAGAGUGGAGUUCUCUUUCCUAUACUGCUAGAGCGCUCUGCAGUGUGGAGAGUGGAGUUCUCUUUCCUAUACUGCUAGAGCGCUCUGCAGUGUGGAGAGUGGAGUUCUCUUUCCUAUACUGCUAGAGCGCUCUGCAGUGUGGAGAGUGGAGUUCUCUUUCCUAUACUGCUAGAGCGCUCUGCAGUGUGGAGAGUGGAGUUCUCUUUCCUAUACUGCUAGAGCGCUCUGCAGUGUGGAGAGUGGAGUUCUCUUUCCUAUACUGCUAGAGCGCUCUGCAGUGUGGAGAGUGGAGUUCUCUUUCCUAUACUGCUAGAGCGCUCUGCAGUGUGGAGAGUGGAGUUCUCUUUCCUAUACUGCUAGAGCGCUCUGCAGUGUGGAGAGUGGAGUUCUCUUUCCUAUACUGCUAGAGCGCUCUGCAGUGUGGAGAGUGGAGUUCUCUUUCCUAUACUGCUAGAGCGCUCUGCAGUGUGGAGAGUGGAGUUCUCUUUCCUAUACUGCUAGAGCGCUCUGCAGUGUGGAGAGUGGAGUUCUCUUUCCUAUACUGCUAGAGCGCUCUGCAGCGUGGAGAGUGGAGUUCUCUUUCCUAUACUGCUAGAGCGCUCUGCAGCGUGGAGAGUGGAGUUCUCUUUCCUAUACUGCUAGAGCGCUCUGCAGCGUGGAGAGUGGAGUUCUCUUUCCUAUACUACUGCUUCUGUUUCAAAGUACUGGUAUAUAUAUAUAUAUAUAUAUAUAUAUAUAUAUAUAUAUAUAUAUAUAUAUAUAUAUAUAUAUAUAUAUAUAUACUGAGCAUCAAAAGAAACAUAUCACUUAUAUUUGGAUCAAAUUCACUAGAAGUGAUCGAAAAAUGACAAACUCUGUUUUCGAGCUGAUACAGUGACUUUUUAUUGUGCUGAUUAACAACCGACAUCACGAAGACGCUGCAGAAUGAUCUGUGGAUCUGGGGCAGGGGUUGUGACUCUUGGUCUCCCGGUUCGUGGGCUGUCAUUGACAGAGUGCGUCUGUGUUAUAAUAGUGAUACGUUUCUUUUGAUGCUCGGUAUAUAUAUAUAUAUAUAUGGGAAUCUUUAAAACAAAGGAACAGUUAUGUGCAAUUUUAGCAGAGUUAAGCAAUACAAUCUCAUGCUCCUGCACCUUCAUAAGAUUCAUUUUUGUCAAGCAUUGCAAAUCUGAAAAGGAAUCUUAAAACUGCUUUAGUGCACAUAACUGGCUCUUGGUCUGAAGAUUAUAUAUAUAUAUAUAUACAGUAUAGUGAUAAUGUAAGAUGUUUUUUAUUUUUAAAAUGGAGCUGAUGAAGAACACCAAUGUUUUGCUACUGUAAUCCCAAUCUCUGCAGAAUGAAUGGACUCCACCUCUAUGCUUUUAAUUCUUUUUUCUUUUCUAUAUAUAUAUAUAUAUAUAAAGAUAUAGAAUAAUACUUAAUGCCUGUUAUUAUAUGAAAACUGUGGAACCUAAAUGAGAAAUAAAAACAAAUAAACACAA